AUGGCCGAACUCCCGCCCAACCCUGACCGAAUGCUCAUCCCUCAGCAUGACCCGAAGCUUAUUCUCUCCGCCGAAACUUCGUUCUCGAUGCCAGAUCUACCACGGUCAACAGACAUCUACGCUGAGGAUUUCCAUCUCGACCGCGACCUGGUGCUCGAGAACAAGAGUGACGACCCCGAAUCAAAAGCCAGCCUUGGCUCGUUCGUCAGGAGUCUCAGCGCUACCGUGCCCGAAGGCAGAGAGCUGCUCAAGAUUGACCUCGGCGGCGCCAAAGGCACGGAGGCUGCCGCCAAUGCGCUCAGCGGAGGCCAGGUUUCUUGCUUCAUCCAGCGGCUAGACCAGCGAUAUGUUGACACGUUCAACAUUGACGUGUACGGUGGCCAUGCCCACGACCAGGUCUUGAACCCCGACAAGGUGACUCCCGCCUCUCCGCCUGCUGGCGGCAACGGUGGUACUGGGGGCCAUGUUUCCGUUGCCUUUGGCAGCUUCGUCAGCAGUCCCCUCAAACUAGCAAGGAAGCUCAUCUCCGGCGUCCACCAGAAGCCUGAAGCGUACCCAGCCGGCUCAGCAGACCUCCUCACGCAGUUGACACGCCGUUGCGAGCCUAAGGAGGUUCAAGCCAUCACUGGAGUCCCCGAGGCCCUCAAGACCUUGAAAAGGUAUCCAAAGAUUGACAAGAAAGACUUCUUGCAGGCCCUGAUCGAGCUCGUCACCGUCUUUGCCAGCAUCGAGGUCCACAUGGAGUCUCGGGUCACCCAAAGCAUCGGCGUAAAGGGGGGCACCCGGGGUGUCGGGCUUGAGAAUCAGAGUGACAAUGGCAAACCGGGAGCAGACGGCAACGCUGCUGUCACCCUUGUCAGCAACCCCAAGGCGCCGUGGGAGCUGAGCAUGUGCUUUGCCCAUCCCACACAGUGCAACAUGGUGCUCGAGAGGGCCAAGGCUCGAUACUACGCCGGUACGCCCCGGCCUGGGUCUGAUGGCAAGGGCAAAGCAUCGCUUUUGGCAUGGGGUGAAGCGAGAGCGACGUUAGAGAACCUCCUAGAUCGGUUGGAAUUCCUCGAUGAUGCCCAUCGCCCGACUGACCUGAGCAAGUCUAACCUCGUUGCCGCCUACAAGAUUGGAAACGCGACUCUCAGUAUCCCGGUUAGCGACACGGGGACCGACGAUCUCCCUGCGUCGCUCUCGCAGCUCAUUACGACCCGGAACGAGGCCGUCGGACUCUACGCCCAGAUGGAAACGGGCUUGGAUGCGUUUAAUGACUCGUACAACAGCGUGCCACUGGGGUCAUUCGGCUCCUACGAGGAGAACCUCAAGUCGAGCCUCACCUACCUCCGCGAAACUGAGCUCCGGUUCAAGGGAUACAAGGAGGCCGUGGACAAGGCGGUGGAGAACAAGGAGCACAUCGAAGCCAGCAGACGCGCCACCAACGCUGCGAUUGCCCACAACGUCAACAUGCACCGUGAUAUCGUGGGCGAGCUCAACAAGACGGCGGCGAACAUUGCGCAGUUUGAUUAUCCCCUCUCCAGGGCCAGAACCAGCCUCACGGAAGCCGCAAACCAGGUCAAACGAGAGUUGGAAAAGGCCAUCCCUUUCCCCUUCGAGGAACUGGUCAACGCGGGAACACAGCUCCUGUUUGUGGCCAAGUGGCCGAUGGCGGUACUCCAGGGUGUCAACUUGGUCCAUCACAUGGCGACCAAGAUCAUCAAGGACGACGGAACUGCAGUGGAGCGGCAGUACCUGGUCCGAAGGGUCAGCAACAUCACCGGCUCCAUCAAGAGCCUCAAGGAGGGCUACAAGAUGCUUUCCAAUGGAAAGGUACACGACGAGGAUCGGGACGCUUCCAAGCUCCUGGUCCAGGAGAAGGAGUUGUCUGACCUGAUGGAAGACGUCAACAACUCGCUGAGCGUAGAGACAGUGAGAAGGGUCAAGACUCUGUUCAAGUUCUACAUCACCCUCGUUGUCCAGCGGAGCCACGACAUCAUGAGAUAUAACGCCCUAGCGUCGACCUUGGUGCGGUACAGGACCGAGUCUCAGUCGCUCCAGCAACAGCGUGACCGGCUCCAGCGCGCCAACGUCGCUACCAUCGACGUCCACCACCCGGCCAUCGUGGUGUAUAUGCAGAAACUCUACCUCAAAGCCAUCCGCACGACGGAGUACUGGCUGUACAAGGCGCAGCGGGCGUACAACUACGCGGCGUUGAACGACGACAACAUCAUCGGCGACGUGCUGGGCGACGACCCGCCCUUCUCCCGCUUCGACUCGACCCUCCUCUCGGAGGCGCACAAGAGCCUCUCGGAAGCCUACCAGAAGUAUUACUUGGACAAGCUGGGACCCGCGCGGGGGGACUUCCACAAGCGCACAGUCGAUCUGGACCCGACGCAGCACAUCGAGGUAAUCCGCGACAGCGGCAAGAACAGCUGCACCUUCUUCGUCGAGGUCGUCCCGGGCAAGGCGUUCGACGGCAUGGCGAACGUCCGGCUCCUGCGGGCGCGGUGCUACCUGGACGGCGCGAAGGUGUCGCCGUCCAACAAGCUGCACCUGACCCUGACGCACGCGGGGAUGGAGACGCUGGUCGACGAGGUCAAGAAGAAGCACGAGUUCAAGCACAAGGCCCAGAUCCUGACCGCGUUCAAGUGCCACCUCGAGACCAAGGAGGUCGAGUUGGCGAGCACCAUCGGGCAGGGGCGCGAGGAGUCGGGCUACGCGCUCGUCGGGCCGUUUGUGACGUGGCGGGUCGAUGUGAAUAAGGAGUACAACACCGGGUUGGACCUCUCCAAUGUGACGGGCGGCCGCUUGGAGUUUGAUGGGCAUUAUCGGCCGAUUCGCUAG